UGUCGAGCAUCUCGCCGAGCACUCGCAGUAGUACGAACAUGUUUCGCUCGGACUCGUGAACAGUUUCCUUUUUUUCUCUCUCUCUAUCUCUCUAUCUCUCCUUUUUUCCGUUGCUGCUGCUGCUGCCUCCUCCUCUCCGUUUCCCUUGGCCCAUUUCGCCCAGCGCUGUACGUUUAAAAGUCGGCGAGCUUUUUCCGAGUGAAAAGCUUUUCUUGCUGCUGCUAGCCCCGGCUGGCUGGUAAGCUCGCGAGUGUGUCUGUGCAAAAUUAGCUGAGCAAAGGGACGUUGCCGCCACCGCCGACGACGACGACGACGACGCUCCAUAGCUAGCGCGCGAGCAAGAAUGGAAGCGCAGGGAAUGCUAAGUGGAGCGCCUGCGAGGCAGCAGAAAGGAAAAAAGCUCUGGCAGUAUCUCGCAGCUGCUUCUGCCUGUCUGCUGUCGAUCGGCGUGGGCACGGGCCUGGCGUGGUCGGCCCCCAUGGAGAAGUACCUCGAGUCCGAGGACUCACACAUCGCCCGCAUGACCGAGGAGGAGUUCUCGUGGACGUCGUCGCUGCUGGCGAUCGGCGCGAUGGUCGGCGCCCUGCCCACCGGCGCCCUGGCCGACGCCCUCGGCCGCAAGCGAGUCCUGCUCGCGCUCGCGCUGCCCUUCCUGCUGUCCUGGGGCCUGAUCCUCGUCGCCAAUGCCGCCUGGAUGCUCAACGCGGCUCGGCUGAUCGUCGGCGUGGCCAUCGGCUCGGCCUGCGUACUGGUGCCGACCUACCUGUCGGAGAUAGCCGAGGACGAGGUCAGGGGCACACUGGGCGCGUUGUUUCAGUUCUUCCUCACGGUCGGCAUCGUCUACGGCUUCUGCCUCGGGGCUUACCUCGACUAUUACGGAUUAGCCGUGGGCUGCGCCGUCGUAGUGAUCCUCUUCGUGGCGACCUUCGUCGCGAUGCCCGAGUCUCCGGCUUGGCUCGUGAGCAAAGGCCAAAAGUCGGAGGCGAUGAAAGCCCUGCAGAGGCUGCGCGGCGACAGUUACGACGUCAGAGCCGAGCUCUCGCAGCUACAAAAGGAAGCCGAGGAGAAGGGCAGCAGGCGCAGCUCCGUCUUCGAUCUCGUCAGGCUGGAGGUGCCGCGCAAAGCUCUCGUCAUCUGCCUGUUUGGCAUGAUAUUCCAGCAGCUGUCUGGCAUCAAUGCCGUGAUUUUCUACGCGGAGGGUAUCUUCAAGGCGGCGGGUAGCAAGAUCGAUCCCAAGCUCAGCAUGAUUCUCGUUUCCUCUGUUCAGUGUGGGAUGGCAUUGGUAGCAGCGGGAAUAGUCGAGAAGGCUGGCCGAAAACUCAUGCUCAUCUUCUCCGCGGCAGUGAUGUCUUGCUCUCUAACGGCCAUCGGUGUGUACUUCAAGCUGAAAGACGAGGAGGUCGAUGUGUCGACUCUUGGCUGGCUGCCCCUCGCCUCCCUCGUCAUCUUCAUGAUCGCCUUCUCUUUGGGAAUGGGCCCGAUCCCUUGGAUGCUGACCGGCGAGAUGUUCGACGUCGAGAUGAAGGGCAACGCCUCGAGUCUGGCGGUCAUGCUCAACUGGUUCCUGGUCUUUCUCGUGACCAAGACGUUCCCCGCCAUGGCCGAGGCCCUGGGCAAGGGGGGCGCCUUCUGGUUCUUCGCCGCGGUCAUGGCGUUCGCCGCGAUUUACUCGCACGUCUGCCUGGUUGAGACCAAGGGCAAAAGCAUCCAAGAGGUGCAAGACGCCUUGGCGGGCAAAAAGCCGUCGCCGUCCGUCGUCGAAAAGUUUUGAGUCUCUCUCUCUGCUUUUUUUUAUAUCGAAUUGCGCGCACUUUCACGAUCCAUGAGAGUUAUAUUGUAAGAGUAUUAUUACUGAUAAAUACCGAUCUUUUUUUUGUUUGUCUAUUUUGUACAAAAAAAAAAAUCUCGCCAGCACUUUUAUUUCCUGUUAUGUCACUGCGCUCCGUUAUCUCGGAUAUGCUUUUUAUCAAUAUUAGUUUACAAACGAACGUGUAAAAAAAAAAAUACAUCGAUUGAAAUAAUACGC